GCUGGGUAAUGUCUGUUGUUCAUGCUCCGGACAAGACCACCACCACCACCUGACAUUUGUUUUGUUUUAUUGUGUGCCAAAGAUGGCUUGUCAGGGACUGGAGCAGGGGGAAACUGUGGCAACACUGAAGAAAGAGACGGAGGCUCUGAAGACCAAGCUCGAGACGGAGAGAGCCAAACUCCAAGACGUUGAAUUAAACACGCUUGCAGAGAAGAUCGAACCUGUGGGACAGCUCAAUAUAAAAACAAGAAGAAUUCUCAAAGGACAUGGGAACAAAGUAUUGUGCGUGGACUGGUGCACAGACAAGCGGAGGAUGGUUAGCUCUUCCCAGGAUGGAAAGGUCAUUGUCUGGGACGCAUACACAACCAACAAGGAACAUGCGGUGACUAUGCCCUGCACUUGGGUGAUGGCCUGUGCCUACGCCCCCUCAGGUUGUGCGAUAGCAGCAGGUGGCCUGGACAACAAGUUGUCCGUGUACCCGCUGUCUCUGGACAAGAAUGAGAACCUCGCGAGCAAGAGGAAACCUGUGGCCAUGCACACCAACUACGUCUCUCACUGCACUUUUACCCUCUCUGACAUGCAGGUGUUGACCUCCAGUGGGGAUGGUACCUGUGCCCUGUGGGAUGUGGAGAGUGCACAACUGCUGCAGAGUUUCCACAGCCACACGGCGGAUGUGCUCAGUCUGGAUAUGGGCCCCGCUGAGACCAGCAACACGUUUGUGUCAGGGGGCUGUGACAUGAAGGCUAAGCUGUGGGACAUGCGAUCUGGACAGAACGUCCAGUCCUUUGAGACGCAUCAGUCAGAUGUCAACUGUGUAAAGUUCUACCCCAGUGGCGAUGCAUUUGCUACAGGUUCAGAUGAUGCCACGUGUCGUUUUUAUGAUUUGCGAGCUGAUCGUGAGGUGGCUGUCUUCUCCAAAGACAGUGUCAUCUUUGGUGCCAACAGUGUGGACUUCUCUCAGAGUGGACGCCUGUUGUUUGCUGGCUACAAUGACUACACCGUCAAUGUAUGGGACGUGCUGAAGGGAACCCGACUCAACAUCCUGUACGGACACGAGAACCGCAUCAGCAGUUUGCGCAUGGCUCCUGACGGCACCUCCUUCUGCACGGCAUCGUGGGACAACACGCUGAGGGUUUGGGCCUAAAGCACCAUGAAGAGAGAAAGAAAGGAGAUGCAGUGAACAGGAGAAUGUGUGACCAUGGACUUGACCAUCGCUGUGCAUGCUUUGGAUGAUCACAGGAUGACACAUGAAUUGUAAUAUGUGUGUCUGGGAUGAGGGCUUUUUUAGAGCACUGAAUUUUAGGUGUUACCUGCAACACUGUUUUCUUUUAGCUCACAUGAUGGCAUCUGUUCCAGCCUCUCUCCCUACCUCAACUGUUAGGCUGUCAAAAUCAUAUAUUUAUGAUUAUGGAAAAAUAAAAGUUACUGCUGUCAUUGACAUGGUCAAUAUAAAUUUGUUGAAAGUUAUCUAUACUGUAUAUAUAUUUUUUUCUUUUCAAAAACAUGACUAGGGUAGUCCUUAUGUUUCCAAGAUAUGGGGAGAUAUACAGACUGAAAAUGUGCCAUGUGUUUUUGCCAUGUGUGAAGGCGCUGGCCGUUUUUAAUUUGCAGUAAGUAAGCUCACCAUUCUCUCCUAAUUGUUUGCCUAACAUAAAUUAGAAGUUACAUGUGGUCUACAUUAUUAACCUAGGACCUACUACUCAGGAUCAUGCCAUAUUUUAUUAAAUAAAUAAAGCAGUGCUGUUUUGGUUUGUCUUGAGACAAGAUUUUUGAAGUGUAAAGACAAGUUAGUUGAUGAAUCAACCCCCUCUUUCUGCCUACUGACUGCAAUUUCUGUACACAUAGCCCAAUUUGAAUAAAUAA